CCUUGGUAGCGACGGAGCGCAUCUAACGGACGGGGAUGGUCGUCAACUGUGGAUUGUGCGGUGUGAAGGCGAAAGGAAGAACGUCCCGUUGCAGACGAGGGAGAAGUCAUAUAUAUGCGGCACGACCGGGCUUCCAGGACUCGAAUGUGCACCCCCACAGUGGAGGUCUACAGAAUCGCAAUGCACUAUCGCCUAGGACUCAGAGGGGGCGACGUCCAGCGUCCCCAGCGCCUGAGGGCCGCUUCGAACGGUGCACUUCGCAGGGUCUCUCGAAGCUGGGGCGGCUUCGGACGUCACCAGUCUCCUGCAUACGGUUCAGCCGUGGAAUGUGUUACUACCCGGAGCCUGCCUCCGCUCAGCGCGGCAAAACGGUGCUCGACAGACGUCCAUCGCCCAGACGCCCGGAUUGUGGAGCACUGCCUGGCUGCUCGCGGCAACGCUCUGCGUCGCCUCCAGCUAGGACAGCGAAGCCGUAACGAUAGAAACAGGAGCGCACAAGGAUUCGGAGCCCAUAGCCAAAUGGACAGACACCGACCCACAAGUGUAUCCGGCGUCAAGAGGGAAGGAAGGAAGGAAGAUACGAGCUUCUGUUCCAACUCCACCGGCUCCGGCUUGUCGAGCUGAAUCCCGGCUCGAGACACGGGCGCAGUCGCGAGAAGAGCGGGCGUUCCCACCGGACAAGACAAGCGACACGACGCGCGACGCGAGGUUCUGGGGAGGAAGGGAAGGAGGGACAGACAUCGGAGCGCGUGCGGGUGCGCGCGAUUCGGGUGCGCGGGGUGCUUCACGAAGCUUUCCGCGACCAGUCCUACCACGGCUCAGUCAGAUUGGACGCUGGGCCAGCCGCGGGUGCAGACUACCUGCCCAUCGACACUCGCGGGCUUCUGAGUCCACCUACCUCCUGGGUGCACAGCAGGUUGCUGUCCGGCUAGAAUGAGUUGGCAUUCCGGAGUGCAGUCGGAGUAAGGGCUACAAAUUUGCGAGUAGAAUUCUGCUUCCGCUAAUCCAUAACGGCACCUGUAUUUUCACGACGC